UUUUUGUAAAUGUAAAUAUAAAUUAUAAAUAAUACUUGUCAAACAUUACAGACAUAAUAGUAAUAAUUAAGUUUGUGGUACACUAUAAUUGUAAUGAGUUUGUAAUUCUGUUAUCUGUGGUUAGUAAUUGUUGAAAAAUGGGAUCUGAGGAACAAAAACUUGAGAAUAAAUUACCAUUCAAAACAACAGCAUCUUAUUUCAAUUCUAAAGCUAAUGGAAACAAGAAGAGAACGUGGAAAUCCUUAAAGCAGAUUAUUUCUUCUGAGAAAACUUUACCUUGGCCUGAAGAGGCGAUUCUCUACAGCUCUAUCAAUGCUCCCCCAUCAUUCAGGCCGCCAGAAAAGUUUUCAGAUCUUUCUGGGUUACCAUCUACUUACACGGAUCCUGCAACAAGGCUCAGAUAUGCUAAUAAAGAAGAGUAUGCUACAAUCUCUGGACUUCCUAUGGAUAUAACUGCAGGUUAUUUGGCAUUAAGGGGUGCCAGUAGCAUUGUAGGCUGAAACUCAUUUCGUGAAGGAAUACUGUAUUAAGAUUCAUAGUAUUGGAACGAAUCUAUUUGCAGUGUGCAACAGUUUAGCAAUCGUUUCAUACUCAAAUCCGGAAAGGUGAAGUUGGAUCAUGACAAUAUUGAACCCGUUGAAAAAAAUCAUCGUUUGAAAAUUUUUGUUCUUUUUUUCACUUCAUUAACACCUUCGCUGCUCAUAACUAAUAAGAUAUAAUCUAUAGUUAUCAUGUGUGCAUGACUUGAAUGAGUCAUUCAUCCAACAUGUUUUCAAGCAAUUGACAAAAGAUGAGCAUUGCCACAAUCCAAGAUUAUUUUUUGUGAGCGUGGCCACAAUUAUUUGAAAAAUAUGAAAGGGCACUGUCAAGUUUUUGAUGUGAGGGGAAAACCCCCUAUAAACAUAUUAUUAUUAUAUGUAUCAAAUAUGAGUUGCAGCGAACAUGUUAAUAAAUAUUUGAUUGAAAAAUA